AUGAUCUUCCAGAUCGGAAGAGAUGGGAUGAUUCAGGAGUCUGAGAAAAGGAGUCAUCUGAGGGAUUCUUCUCCAGAAAACCUGCCUACCAGAAAAAAAAUUCAUCAGGAAGAGUUUGGAGCAGAGCAACUUCAGGAACCAACACAGUGGGAUGUGUUCUUUGAUCCCCAAAUUUCUGAACCAGUGGAGGUCAAAUCCAGAAAACGGCAGGGGUUAUUCCUGGAGCUGAUACGAGCUUCUCAGGCUGAUGAGAAAAUGCCCAGCAAUAGCUCCCAAGUAGGUUCUACUGUAUCAAAAAGAAACUAUCCCUGUUCUGAAUGUGGGAAAAGUUUUGAUCGCCGUUCCAACUUAAUUAAACACCAGAGGAUCCACACGGGAGAAAAGCCAUAUCCGUGUAUUGAAUGUGGGAAAUGCUUUGACCAGCAGUCCAAUCUAAACGUCCACCUAAGAGUUCAUAGUGGAGAGAAACCAUAUGGCUGUCCCGAUUGCGGAAAAAGAUUUAGUAUCAAAUCACAUUUACAUGGGCACUAUAGGAUACACACAGGGGAGAAGCCUUAUGAAUGUGAAGAUUGUGGGAAGAGUUUCCGUGUCAAAUCUUCCCUAAAUAAGCACCAGCGAACCCAUAUAGCAGCUGCCAAGCUCUCCAGACCAUCUGAGAUCAAAUCAGAGGGUCCCCGAGCAAUAUUGCCAGAAGGGACACACGUUUAUGCAGCUCCUGAAACAGAAAAAAUAAUUAAAAUUAUGAGGAGGAAGCCCCCUAUAGAAAUCACAGUGUCGAACAAGAAUUUUUCCUGUUCUGAGUGCGGGAAAGGUUUUGAUCGGCCUUCGCAUCUUAUUACGCACCAGAGGAUCCACACCGGGGAAAAGCCAUAUCCGUGUGUUCAGUGCGGGAAACGUUUUCAUCAGCAGUCUAACCUUAAUGUCCAUUUACGUCUCCAUACUGGAGAGAAACCUUAUGGCUGUCCUGAAUGCG